AUGCCAUCAGACAACUACAAUUUCGUCGACGAAUUCCAAAAGCUGUUCGUUUCCAAACAAAAGCCAGCUCCUGAGCCCAUCACCGACAACAUGAAAGCAAUACUUCAGAGCUACCCUCCUCUGGGUCAGUUCACCCAGGUCUCGACUGGGCAACUGACGGUGACGGCUGUUCUCGAGAUACCAGCUUCGCGUGCAGACGAGCCAUGGGAAGUUGCUUUAUGGCAGUCCAGCGAUGGAGGCGAAUGGGCGGAGGUGGCCUUGCGUCGUAUUGCUGAUGAUAGCCCGACGACUUUGCAGGCAGUUCCAGACCACGUCCGCCGCUUCUUCUUCUCUGCCUCUCUUUCAGUCAACAAGACGCUUCAAUUCACGCUGAAGUUCAGACACUCGGAUGCCGACUCAUGGCGAUGGACCCGUGAUGAGCUUGGUGUUGGUGACGGUAACGUCGUCAUGAGCACGGCCCCAGUGCUUCAAAGCCUCUCGGAACGUCUCGAAGACAUUGUGACAGGCUUCAAUCCUGCAUGGAAUGUGAAAUCUCUCAUGAGCCAGUGUCCUGGUACUCGUCUAUGGUCACUGGAAACCGGCAUCGACGCUGUUGACAACGAUGAGUCCAAGCUUGCUAACAUCUCGUUGGGUAUGCCAUGGGGAAGCUUCCAGAGAUGGUUUGCUCUCGUUCGUAUUUGGAGUCCCUGGCUAGCCCCCCGCCAUGGCAAGACCUCGUUUCAUCUCGACAAAGACGCUGUACUAUGCUCAUUCCUGAGUUCCGAGGGCAAGCAUCUCGUAUUCCUUGCCAUGAGCGGGGUCAACAAUGUGCUAUCUGUUUUCCGUCACGAUGAUGCUGGGCAGAUAUCCGUUCACGCUCGUAACGACGGAUCUUCGUCAGAGAACGCCAAGAUCCUCGUUGCCAUUGGUGACAACUUCGAGAGCGCGAAUGCUGCAGUAAUGUACCAGGCGAGACACUAUGUUAUUACAGAGAAGAAAGCCAGCAAUGAGUUGCAGGCCGAGAUGAAAGCCAUCGAAGAAGGCGUCAAGCCGGAAUGGAUGGAGAACUGGUAUGACGGACUCGGCUUCUGUACAUGGAACGCGCUUGGGCAGCGUCUCACAGAUGAGAAGGUGUUCGACGCUGUUGACAAACUGGCCGAGAACAACAUCAAGGUUACCGGUCUCAUCAUCGACGACAACUGGCAGACCAUCGAUUACAGAGGCCACGGCCAAUUCCAACAUGGUUGGUGUGAGUUUGAGGCCGAGCCGAAGGCUUUCCCAAAGGGUCUUAAAGCGACGGUUGCCCACAUUCGAGAGAAGCAUCCUCAUAUCCAGCACAUUGCUGUGUGGCAUGCCCUACUAGGUUACUGGGCGGGUAUCUCUCCGGAGGGCAAGAUUGCAAAGGAAUACAAGACGGUUGAGAUCGUUCGAGAAGAUGCCGAGCGACGGAACCUACCUCUUGGUGGCAAGAUGACUGUUGUAGCCAAAGAGGACGUCGACAAGUUCUACAAUGACUUCUACAAAUUCCUCGUCGAUUGCGGCAUCGAUGGUGUCAAGACAGAUGCCCAGUUCAUGACGGACACAUGGGUCUCAGCCACCGCCCGUCGCGAGCUCAUUGAUGCCUAUCUAGAUGCAUGGACGAUAUCCUCACUACGCCACUUUAGCAUUAAAGCCAUAUCUUGCAUGUCGCAAACACCGCAAAUCCUAUUCUACAACCAGCUUCCCCGGAACAAGCCCGCGAUUCUCUGCCGAAAUUCAGACGACUUCUUCCCUGAGAUCCCAGCCUCACACCCUUGGCACGUAUGGACCAACGCUCAUAACAGCUUACUCACGCAGCACCUGAACAUUUUACCAGACUGGGAUAUGUUCCAGACCGUACACGAUUACUCUGGCUUCCAUGCUGCAGCGCGAUGCGUCAGUGGUGGGCCGAUCUACAUCACCGACGUCCCGGGACAGCACAAUUUGGAUCUCAUCAAGCAGAUGACAGGGUUGACGAUCCGAGGAAAGACUGUCAUCUUCCGUCCCAGCGUCAUAGGGAAGACCAUCGAUCCGUACACUGGAUACGACGAUGAUGGCCUGUUGAAGAUCGGUUGUUACCACGGCAAAGCUGUGACAGGCACUCCCAUUCUGGGCGUUUUCAAUAUCUCGGCCCGAUCCUUGACAGAGAUCAUCCCCCUCAGCUCCUUCGCUGGCGUUCUGCCUUCCAUGCGCUACGUCGUUCGUGCCCACUCGUCUGGAAAAGUCAGCCCGCCUGUCACCCCGGGCACACCAGCUUCUGCUCUCACCACUUCGGUGGACGUACGAGGAUAUGAGAUAUUCACCGCGUACCCCCUUUCCAGCUUUGACAGCGAGUCAAAGGGCAAAGUGUGGACUGCCAACUUGGGCCUCGUGGGGAAGAUGACAGGAGCAGCGGCGAUAGUCAACAGUGAUUUCUUACUGCGACACGACGGCAAGGUUGAGCUCAAAACCCGUCUCAAAGCAUUGGGCGUUCUUGGUCUGUACAUCUCUAAGUUGCCGGAGCUUACCAUCCACGACGAUUUUCUCGUCACCAUCCAAAACUCGGUCAUCCCUGUCAGCGCGGUGUCUGUUUGCAAGAAUGAUGACAAGGUACUGGAGAUUGAUAUCGAGAAGGCUUGGGAGGAGAUGGGCUUGCACCCAGGGUGGAGCAAUGAGGUUGAGAUGACUGUCACUUUCGCCAUUGACCACGAGCAGGUGGAGGACUAG